GAGGAGGAGGAGUGGGAGCUGCCGCGGGAGCCGCUGCCAUGGUUCUGCCGCUCGCUCGCCGCGCGCUCCUGGCGGGCCGCCGGCGGCUCCCCCGUCCCGCCGCCGCUCCCCGCGGUGAGCGCCGCCUCUGCCCGCUUUCCCUCCCGCGCUUCGCGGGGCCGCCCUGCUCCCCUCCUCUCCCCACAGCUCCGGCGGCGGCGCGGCUCUGCUCGGGCGCGGGGGGCGAGGCGGCGGCGGCCGGCGGGGCCGGGGCGAUGCUGCGGCACCUGGCGCGCAAGCUGCGGGCCAGCGGGCCGGUCACGGUGGCCGAGUACAUGCGGGAGGCGCUCACCAACCCCGGGCAGGGUUACUACACGCGGCGCGGCGGCGUCGGCGAGAGCGGGGACUUCAUCACCUCGCCUGAAAUAAGCCAGGUGUUCGGAGAGUUAAUAGGAAUAUGGUACAUCAGUGAAUGGAUGGCCAUGGGCAAACCAAGCACCUUCCAGCUGGUGGAGCUGGGCCCAGGGAGGGGCACCCUCACCGAGGACAUAUUGCGGGUCUUCAAGCAGCUCGCCUCUGUUCUUAGUAAAUGUGAUGUCUCUGUUCACCUGGUAGAAGUGAGCCCCAAACUCAGCGAGAUCCAAGCAGUGAUGCUGACAGGAGGGAAGGUGCAGCCAAGCCCUGAGGAUGAGUCUGCUUACAUGAAAGGCAUUAGCAAGACUGGAAUUCCCAUUUUUUGGUACAGAGAUAUUCAAGAUGUGCCACCAGGUUACAGCUUUUAUCUAGCACAUGAGUUCUUUGAUGCCCUGCCAAUACAUAAGUUUCAGCGAACAGAGAAAGGCUGGCGUGAGGUGUUGGUUGAUAUUGACCCAGAAGUUCCUGACCAGCUGCGGUUUGUCCUGUCACCAUCCAGGACCCCUGCAACACAAAACUUUAUUCAGCCAGAAGAAACAAGAGACCACGUGGAAGUGUGUCCCGAGGCUGGUGUCAUUGUGCAGAGGCUGGCCUCUCGGAUAGAGAAGGAUGGUGGGGCUGCUCUGGUUGCAGACUACGGCCACGACGGAACCAAAACUGACACUUUCCGGGUGCUCUUGCAGAAUUCAGGUGACACAGCAACUCGUGAGCAGUUACUUCACAGCUAUGAUAUGCUGAUGAAUCCUGAGAAGAUGGGGGACUGUUUUAAUUUCUUUGCCCUGCUGCCUCACCAUAGACUUGUACAUCCUGACAAGAAAGAUAAGUCAGAAUCAAAGUCUCCCCUACCACCUGUUGCUGGAUUUAAUGAACUGUUACUAAAGUAAUUUCAAAUACUAUCACAAAACGCAUGAUGGCUGUUUCAGAGUAAGUCUGGUGCAGCACACCAAACCUCUGGAUUGAUCUACUCAAAGCAGUAUGAGUGGAAAUAGAAGAUUGCACAUACAGAAACCAGAACACACAGAGGAGAGAAUGAACAGUGGUUUGGUGGGCUUAUGAAAGAACAGAGUGAAAUAUUUACUAGUGCAGUCAAAACUUGUCAGUAACAAACAUGCACUGAGGAUACAUUAAAUGUAUUCAAGCUUUGGUACUUGAAUAAAAUCAAGAUGCCUUGACGUCUCUGAAGAUAUUUUUAUAAAGAGAAUAGUGACAGGAUGCAUGUAAAAGGAGUUCCUGCUGGCUGAAUUUCCACAGCAGGACAUACUUAAUAAAUCCACAAACAGGAAAGUAUAGAACCAUUUCUUCCUAAGAACAUUUGAUAGGAGAGAUAAUUCAUGUAAAUAAAAAGAACGAGUCUGGUAGGGAAAUAAAUUUUAUUUUCAAGCUUAACAGAGGAUAUUUACAAACAAUGGGGUGUAUAAAAAUAUAAAAGUACUUGACAGUGUCAUUUUGAGGCUAUAAAUUUUACAUGAGCUUUUUUCUAGCAUCACCAUAGCACUAUUGCUUGAAUGAAUGCAACUUAAUUCAUCUAGGGGUAAGGGUAUUAAACACUGUAACCUACUGCUGUCAAAUCUGCAGUAAAGGUAGAAAAAAGGGAAUAAAAAACUCAGCUAUUUUUACUACUCUAGGAAUUUUACUCAUGAUGUAAGCCUGAUUUUUUUGGUUUCUUGACUACUAGCUGCUUGUGACUUCUCUUGUCUGGCUCCGUAAGUCUGCAUAUGAUCAGGCAAUCUCCUCCAAAGGCCAACAGCUUUAUUUUUAUUUUAAUACAACUUGAAGAAUAAAUAGUUCAUAUAAUAUUUUGAAGCAGAGCAGACUUCAUGGGGAGAGACAAAAGCCAGGCCUUCUACUUCAUUAUUGUCCCCUCCUUCCUCUAUUGCUGUUGUGCUGUUUCAAGUGACUGAGCUGCUUUAUUUCCUUCCUUACAACAACACAACAAACCCACAGGUAACCUGAAGUAACAGCUCAAGUAAAAAUCUGAAGUGUAAAACCAAACUGUAUCUACAUAUUAGGGUGUAGGUUAGGGUGGAAUAUAGCAAUGGCUUCACUGAAAUUUGGCCACUUGAGCACUGCAAGUUUUUCAACAGCACUGCUUUCCUUGCCAAGAGCAGGCAAAUACCAAACUACCAAUGUCAGAGGUGAUUGCUCUGGUUGCAGAGAUGAAAAGCAGUGCCUCUUUCAACAGUCAGUCCUGAAACCCUCUCUAAACAGGGUUAAGAAUCCAGAGCUCAGCCUUUGCCAGCACAGACACCUACAAAAUGCAGUGGCAGAUAGAUAAAGGGCAAUGGGAAAGAAAGAGUGAGUUACAGACCCACACCUACCUGUGGGCACAUCCUUCUGCAGCUGCCACUGACCACUGCCAGGUCACUGCUACUGCAAGCAGCUGCCAGCUCUGAACUAACCAUGUAACAUUUUAGGUAUAUCUAACAACUUAUAAAACCGCUCACCUGUUUCCUUACCUGAAUAAAAACAGUAGAAAAAAAUACUUAUCUACACACAAACAAAAAAAGAAAAAUCUUUGUAGGAGAGAGGAGAUACCCCAAAGCCUCUCACUGCCUUUGCAGUUCAAGCCUGUAUCAGUAUUUUAGAAAUAUUUCUAACUAAGCUCCAGUUAAGCAGCUUGGCACAUCAGGGAUGCAUGCAGCCAUCUAGCACCUUCCAGGAGCACAACACUGUUACCCACAAAAAAAAGAUUUCACCCUUUUCAUUUUUUAAAAUAAGACCAAAAAAGCCUCUUCCAUUUGCAUUUAGCAUUACAGCCUCAAACUUCUUUGAAAUACCAUUAACUUGAACUGUCCAAGGGAAUAAUUUCCAAAGAACACUGCUGUUUCCCCUCUACUGUGCCACAAGUCCAAUUAGUGGUUGGGAAUCCUUCCGUUGAGGCAUGUGCACAGAAGAAACUGAGCUAGGAGUUGCUCUUGGACUCUUCAUUCAGCUCAGACAGUUGUGAGCACAGUAAAGAGGAUGGGAGGGGCUGCAGGUUAAGGUGGGAAGGCAGAGUCCUUUCUCCUACAAUCCAGCUGCCCUGGCAGAAGCAACAGCUGAUGAGCUAUCCACUGUUACUUCUAGGUUUCGAGCAGAGUUAACAUAAGAAGCUAGCAGGCUACAAACUACUCCUGAUGUAAGUCCAGGGAACUUUAAAAAAUUAGAAAAAUAUUAGAAGAAUUUAAAAAUCUUAUUACUCAAAACGAGAGAAGAAAGCUGCAUGUAUUUUUCCCUAUUUUUCCGCAUCCUUCUGCUAGAAGCUGGUCUUCCAGAGUGAAAGGAUAUGCUACAUCAAGUCUUGUGUGCUCUCUGCAUUAUUUGUGUAGUUUUAAGGCAAAAUGCCUUCGGUGUGUUAUCAAUGACGUGCCAGCCUUGCACAGCAGCGCACUGUUGUGGCUUAUUGCUUUUUUUGACAGACAAAAUAAAAGCCUAGCAAAGCUUUGGUUGUCAUCUCUUUAGAAUGUCAACCAGCAUUUCAAGAGGAAUGUAAGAAGUUAUGGGGUUUUCCUUUUUUUUUUUUUUGGUUGCUUUCUGUAAAAAGUUCAAUUAGGGCCAAGACACACAUUUAACUGUCUAAACAGCAGCAAAUUAUUCCUUCAUCUGUGAAGCUGUAUUCAACUAAACCACCAUGUUUUGCUUUAGC